UUAUUUACUUGUUUAGCAGGGAAAAAAAAUGUUGGCCGCCACCGGAUCAGCUGUUCUUCUUCUUCCUGGCAAAGCUAAGUGGCUUCAUCAGGAGUCUGUGCGCAGAUUUCAACUCAAAACCAGUCUUUGUUUGACCAAUAUCUCAAAGCAAAACAAUGGGCAGCUUUUUCAGAGAAAUCAAACCUUCCAAUCACUCAACAAUGGAGGCUUUGGAGUGCAGAGUACUUAUAGAAACAGAAAACUGAAAAAUAUGCAGAUGGUCUGCUGCAGUUUGGAACAAGGGUCAGGGCUUCCACCAUUUCCUUUUAAUCUUCUUCACCCUAGGACCGACUGGCAUCUCUGGGCUCUGGGAACGGCAAUCCCACUUAUCCUAUCCUUCACCACCGGUAAAUGGGGGCCAUUGCUAGAACUGAAAAAUGAUGCUGAUAAGGUCCUAGAGACGGCUGAACAUAUAUCGGAUGUGGUGGAACAAGUGGCGGAGAAAGUGGAGAAGGUAGCAGAUGAGGUGGGCGAUCAGCUGCCGGACGGCGGAAAACUGCGGGCUUCUCUUGAAUUGGUUGAGGAUUUAGCCCAAGAGGCAGCAAAGGACGCUCAUCUUGCCGGAGAUCUAAUUGACAAGGUCCAAGAAAUGGAAGACAAGCUGGAGUCGUUUAUGGAAUCAGUCGAAGAAUAUAAAGCCGAGAAGGAACCUAAAGUCGCGGAGGAGGAUUGAAGGUGUUUAUGUGGAUCCAAAACAAAGACCUCUUG